UACGUCAUCAUAUCUAUUUCAUGUGGAGCAAGUAGCAACUAAAAGCAAUUCAUAAAAAGCUGUAAAUUGAAAUAAAAAUGGCAUCAUUUGCAUGUUACAGUGUCAGUAAGGAAAACACGUCUGAGGGUUAUAAGGAACUAAUAAAUCGUGUCAGAAAACAACAACUGCCACAAGACCAAACAGAUCAUACAGUCCGCAGUGCGUCCUACGCCCAAUAUGCUGCCCAUAAAGACUUGAGGACCUACGUCUACAAGGAUUUUCUUUACCAGCUCAGAAAGGCCGAAUUCAUCACUCCAUGCGUCAUAGUGUGCGAUAACCCUGCGCCGUUCUUAAAGACUUACGUUCGCCUUAUAGAGGCAGCGCAAAUCCAGGAUGGACUUGUAUCCAAUGCUUAUUACGGAGAAUUAAAAAAAGUCGUCACUAGCUUUGUCAAUUACUUCACUCACGUUAUAGAUGAAAUCGUCAGAAGAAUAGAUAGAUACAGCUAUAAUGUUGAUAAUCACAGGAUGAUGAGCUUGGUAGAUAAUACCAUAGAUAUGGCAACGGAGAACCAGGAUCUAUUCCUCAUGGAGUUUACCGUUACAAAUGAGGCUGAUCAAGAGAAAGUUAACGAAAUUGAGCAGGGACAUCAUGAUUACGUGGAGGCGCUCAGGAAGCUAAGAGAUUCUAUGAUCUACAUGAAUAAAGUUGAAACAAUUGAAAAUUUUGCUAAAGAACAGUUUGAAAUUUCAACCAAGAAAAUUAACGAACUAUGUAAUUUCACACAUGGUUACAUAUCUGUGAUGUUAGCCGACCGGGUUUAUGAAAUAUCAGUGAGCCUUGAAGAGACGGUAGAUCGUAUGAACACUAAUAAGCGGAAAUACAGCGAGCAGUGCUCUCAGAACUUGACAAGACUCAUACACAAUCUUUAUGAUAAGAACAAGGAGAACUUAGAAGUCCAUCGACGUGAUAGAUCUCGCUCUGUGGAUAGUGCUGAAAUUAACAGAAGCAUCGAGGUGAUUAAGAGUAAAAUUGAAAACUUUGGAAAUGAGGAAACUAUAGCACGACUCGAAUUGGAAACUAGCUAUUGGGCAAGAAGACUGAAGGAUUUUAACGAUAUUGCCCGCGUGCUGACCCAUUUGCAAGGCGAUCUGGAGAAUUUGGGCAAAGAAGAAGAAAAAUACAAUGAGCUAAAAUGCACUGAUUUGCCGGGACCCAAGACUAUUUGUUUUGACGCGAUGGGCGAGAAUUUUGUUAAAAAAAGGAAAUACCUUGAAGAGAAGAUUGCGGCUGUCUCCAAAACACUUGUAACAUUCUUCUGUGUUAGAGGUACGGAUCGAAUCCUAUACGCGGAUAACGUGGGUUCUUACUACUGUGACGAGUUCAAUCACCAAAAUUACGUCACGAGCUACGGCUUGAGGACCUUCCAUGUGAACUGCGAGGGCCAGUUUGUAGAGCAUUGUGAAGGGGACCCGUACUUCUUCGACGAUAACGGUCGCUUCAAACUUAUUGAUGGCGAGAAGGUACACCAGUGCGCGCCCUGCACCAGCCAGUACAAACUGGAUCAAGAUGGACUCUUUAACAAGAUCACUGUAGACUGUGGUCAUUCAACCAAAGUUAACGAAAAGUGUAGGUUGGAUAUCAAGGAUUUGACUGAUGUUGAGAUACUACCCACAAGAGAAAUCAUUGAUAUUACCCGAACUCUGGACCCUGAUUCAGUGAAGUACCUCUGGGAUAGCUACGGUAUGAUUCUUCCCGAAGUGCUUUAUGACCUGUGUUUGGCAAAGCCGAAAAAUCCCAUUCACUAUCUAGCACAUAUUCUUAUAAAGCGUAGAUUUGAAUCAACUAAUGCUGAACUUGAAGCGUAUAGAGAACUUGCCAACAAGUAUCGAUCCGAUAUUUACCAGAAACGUCAAGAGGAAUCUAUGGCGGCAACCCAAGCAUGGAAGUCCAAACAAGUUAAGCGCCGCAAGCCGGAGGAUUUGGACGACACCAACGAUUGGGCCACAUUCAACCAACAAACCGCUCAAAUGGAUUUCAUCAACUCUUUGGACUUUUACAACUAAAAGCCGUAAAGUAGGGUAACGUAUUCUUUGAUCUUUAAUUGAAAGAAAAAUAACCUUUUGUCAUACUAUUUUAGCGAUUUUGCGAUUGUUUUUAAUGUUUUGACUAUGUUUCUAAAGUACACUUUUAAAUUUCUAAUGAUUAAAUAUUAGAAGUUUGUAUAAAUAAUUGUUUUAUUUUUUAUCACCUUGUAUUGAAAAGGGACCGUACAGUUAUGCUUGUAAAGUAGUUGAUGAAUGACUUGUUUUGAAACACACGAGACGUAUUAUAAAUAUUUUAUUUUCAUGUAACCUAAACUCUACUCUACUCUCAAAGUGUGGAUUGUGUUGAUAGUUCAGAAUUUAUUUUAAAAUAUAUCUUACUGAGACUAUAAUUUUAAUAUACAAAUUACAUUUGACUCGACUUACUGUACACAGAUAAAUAAGCUUUAUAUUGCCUGUCGUAAUCCGAUCGUGGAAUUAAGUAGAGUCCUGGGUCUCCAAAAUUUCACAAACCGAUGACGACAUCUAUACCAACGAUUUGUGUAAUAGAUAAACAUACCUAUUAAUAUUUUUACAUAGAGUAUGUAAAGGUCCAAUUGUUGGUUGCGUAUUUGAAAUUACAAUAAAAAUAUAGAAAGAUCUGUAUAACUGUUUACUAAUCGAUUAUUUUUACUAUAGAUAAUACAUCCAACAAUUUAUCACUUGACCUUAUAUUAACUUGUGAAAUACUACUCUACUAUUAAU